ACUAGAGCAGCCUGAAUGUUCACCUCAACCAGAAAGAAAAACAAAUGAUGUGUUUAAUUACUGUGUAUCUAGUGGACCUGAGAAGAGCAUAAACACGAGCGGUUCUGACAGAACACUAAAGUUAAAACGAAGAAGAAAAAAGGACAUGGCUGAAUCUCUGAAACCAAGACAUAGCAGAUGGAGCACCAUGUAUAGAUCUGUUCAUUUUGCAGAUGAAUCCAGCAGUCUCCUGACUGAAGAACAGUUACAGUGUUCCAUCUGUCUGGAGGUGUUCACUGAUCCCGUCACCACUCCAUGUGGUCACAACUUCUGCAAGAGCUGCAUUACACAAAGCUGGGAUACAAGUCAACACUCUGAUUGUCCAUAUUGUAAAGAGAAAUUCAUCAUGCGACCUGAACUUAAGAUUAAUAUAAAACUAAAAGCGGUUGCAGAUCACUUCAAGAAUAGAAGCAAAGAGCCUCCUGAGAGUUUGGAGGUUCUCUGUGAUGUCUGCACUGGUGUGAAGCAGAAGGCUGUAAAAUCCUGUCUGGAUUGUGGCGUGACUUUCUGUACGACUCAUUUAGAGCCUCAUAAUAGUGUUCCAAAUUAUAAGAAACACAAACUAAUAAAUGCAGUGAAGAACCUGGAAAAAUACAUAUGCCAGAAGCACGAGAGACCUCUGGAGCUGUUCUGUAGAAAUGAUCAGAUGCAUCUGUGUCAGUUCUGCACUGAAGGAGAACAUAAAGGUCACAACAUUAUUCCAUUAGAGGAGGAGAGUGGACAGAGGAAGAGUCAUCUGGGAAAAACACAGUCAGAGCUGCAGCAGAUGAUCCAGAAACGAUUAAAGAAGAUCCAGGAGAUUAAUCACUCAGUAGAGCUCAGCAAAAGAAACACAGAGAAAGAGAAAUCAAACAGUGUUGAAGUCUUCACCGCUCUGAUUCGCUCCAUUGGGAGGAGUCAGGCUGAGCUGCUGAAGGUGAUGGAUGAGAAGCAAAAAGCAGCAGAGAAGCAGGCUGAAGGACUCAUUAAAGAGCUGGAACAGGAAAUAGAGGAGCUGAAGAAGAGAGAUGCUGAGCUGGAGCAGCUCUCACUCACUGACGAUCAUCUCCACCUCCUCCAGGUUUACCCGUCACUGUGCAUCGCUCCACACACCAAGAACUGGCCUGAGAUCAGCAUUAACACUGAACUGAGUGUGGACACUCUGAGGACGGCCCUGUCUCAGCUUCAGGAGACUCUGAAUGAGAAACUGAAAGAAACAGUCUCUAAAGAACUGAAGAAGAUUCAGCAGUAUGCAGUGGAUGUGACUCUGGAUCCUGAUACAGUUAAUCGCUUUCUCAUCCUUUCUGAUGAAGGAAAACAAGUGAUGUUUAGACAAAAAGAGCAGUAUCUUCCAGAAAACCCAAAAAGAUUCAGAUUUUACACCAUGGUCCUGGGAAAGCAGGGUUUCUUCUCAGGAAGAUUUUACUAUGAGGUGCAGGAUGGACUCUGGACCAUGGCUCUGAGAAAUGGGAAUGAGUGUCAGGCUCGUGAUGAUCCAUAUGUCUCCAUCUUCUUGAGAGAAAAGCCCCAGAAAGUGGGAGUGUUUGUGGAUUAUGAGGAGGGUCUGGUCUCCUUUUAUGAUGUUGAGGCCAGGUUUCAUAUCUACUCUUUCACUGGUCACUCUUUUACUGAGAAACUCUAUCCAUGCUUCAAUCCUUGUUCAGUUGAUGAAGGUCAAAACUCAGCACCACUGAUAAUCUCUCGUGUGUAAAAUUUCACUUCACAAAAUCAGUAAUGCAUGAGAUUUUUUAUUUCUGGUGGUAAUCUUGGAAAUCAGCUAUCAGUACAUGAGUAAUGAUCAUAUUUUUAAAUAUCCUUUUAAGUUUAUAUGGAAUAUAAUGUGAAUGUCUAUUAAAAGGGAAAACCUGUAUAAUAAACCUAGAAUUCAGCUUUUCAAUAGAGAAACAUAAACAAGCAAUAAUUUCUCUUGGAAGCAUUUAUAUUUGCAUGUUGUUUGCUUCAUUUGCAUGAAAAGAGACACAAUAGUAGCUUUCUGUACCUGUCAGCUUGAACAAAUGAUUAAUUCUCCCAGUUAACUGUAUACUUAAGUGCCUAUUUUAGUAUUCAUACUUAAAAAAAGACAACACUGACACUCCUCAUGCAUAAAUUGAGUUGGUAAUUAUUAUGCAGCAUUCUUGUCUUUUCUGUUUAGAGGUAAAAAGAGCAAACUUACACUACUUAAAACCAGUCAAAUACUAGCAAGCAAAAUUAGCUAGAUCUAUUUUUCUUGCAUUGCUAAUAGGUAGAUUUUCUUAGACACCUCUGACAACCAAACCAUCUUAUAUGAAAAUACUUUUAAGAAUAGCUAGUUAACAUAUUUGGCCUGUAGUCUUUUCAUCCGGGUUUUAUAUGUUAAUGUUCUGUUACCUCUGUUGUACAUUUAAGAUUUUUCAAUAUAAUGCAGCAAUUAAUCCUGUUUAACUGUGUGACUGUGUCAUGUGUGAUGUGUAUUAUUUACACAUUCACAUUACUUGCACAUUGAUGUAAAAUUAUAAAAUAAGAAUAAAAUCUUCUACAGACUGUGUUAAGUCCCUCCUGCUGUUUAUUCAAUAAUUUAAUUAAAAUCACUGGGUUUUGCUAGCAAGUAAUCCUCAGUGUAUUUAGGAUGAUUUUAAGAGAAAUAUAGAUAAACAACAUAAGAAUGUGAUAAACAACAAACAACUACAGCACUGUAGCAGUAACAAUAUUAUCCCAAUAAACUGCCAAAACUGUAUCACAUCAUUUACUUGUAAAGUGUUGCCAAAUGCAUAAACAGAUUAAUUUAUUCUCUACAGCAGAUUUUCAAACCAUCUGAGAUGUGAAUUUCCAGCUGGGGAAAUUAACAAAUUUCAGUAUAAAAUACAUUUCACAGAUCCUAUCCCACCAUAAUUCCAACACUCAAGUAUGAGGCUCAUUAUUUGAAUGUUGACAGUUUUACUGAGAAUUUGAUUAA